UGUCGCUCACGGCUCACGGCAAUUCACGGAACCAAGAUGGCAUCCGAGGACGGUGCGGGUAUCGUGUCAAACGUAGGAUGUGAUGUAAAUAAUACGAGCGAGCGGGCAACCGAGUCAGUUGGGAGUAAAGCAGGGAGCGUCACGUCAUCCGGGACGGCGUCGCGUCCCGUCGUCGAGGGGACGGACGUACGUGCGAGCGAUCCCGCGCGUCAUUCGCCGAGGACGCCCACGGAUCUCCCUGCAGCGUCACCGUUUCACGGGAACACGGAAGGGCACGCGUUACCGAGAGACACGGGCACGGCCCUCGCAAGCUCGUCUGGUGAUGUGGCUGCUGACCUGGUCGCGAGCAGCGAGCCCGACAACGAAACGCAGCAGCCGUCCCCCCAACGGCGCAGCAUGUCUCACCAUGGUAGUGACCUGGACGACACCGCUUGUCUUCCGGGAGAGCCAGACGGAAGUGCAGAUCAUUGCAACAAUGAUGUAGUAAAAACUGUUAAGGAACCAGUUGAACAUAUUGCGCAUACUGAUUCCACACGUAACAACGACACAAUGUUGUCUGGAGAUGUACACGUGUUAUCCACAAAAACGAAAUUAGAAGGAUGCGUGACGUUCUCCAACAAUACACCACAGUUAGGGGAAAGCCCGCAAAGUAAUGGCGAAGUGAUCGGUAGUCCGAGGAGUCCUGAUUAUCCUCCAAGAGUUUCUGUCAGUCCUGAUCCUCGUAGUCCAGAUACGACAUUUCCCAUCAGUAUGAUGUCGGCGAAUUCUACAGUUAUCAUGGAUACGGCAAAAUAUAACGAAGAGAACACCGAUAGUGGUGCAGUCACGUGUAUAGAUAAAGUAACUGAGAAUCUGUUUUGUCCAUCGCCAAAGAAGAUAAGCGACUCACAAGUUGGCGUUACAAAAACAGAAUCAAGCAAACAGCAAGAUGCUAUCGGACAGGAAGAUAUCACAGACAGGGAAUUGACAAGAGAGCCUCGUGAUAUUAAGAAAGAGCCCAUAGAUUCGCAAGAAGAACUUGAAACGGUUAAAUCCGAAUGGGUAGAAGAUACGUUUUCAGCAGAGCCGGGUAGAACAGAAUUGGCAGCAGUGUCCCAAGACAAAACCACAGAUUCCGUUAUUAAUCCAUCUUCCAGUUCGCAUUCAAAAACCUAUUCGUCUUCAAGAGAGAAACGCUCGAAGGAAGAUAGACGAUAUUGUUCACGGUGUGUCAAACGCAAAGGAAUAAAAAGAGCUAGCAUUGGUGUACAAUGUAAACGGGAUCGUCACAUUUUAUCCUCGUUGAGCAGCAAGGUUCUCCCAUUCUCAAAGUCUGUCAAUGAAAACCUAAGGUUAAAUCUACAGACGAAAAACUACAAGAUGCUAAACAAUCCGGUGACGAAAAAGGAAUUGUUAGAAGGCCUAAAGUACAAAAAAUUCAUCCAUAUAGAAACGUAUCCUAACGGUGGUGCGACAGUUGUCCAUAUGUUUCAGGAUGAAAUUGGUAUUUUAACGAAUGAACAAAUGCAAGAAUUGGCGCAGGAGUACUUCAAGGUGGUUUUCGGCGAAGAUGAAAAUGGAAAUGCUCAUCAUGUUAUGGGCAUAGUACAUAAUGCAGCUGCAUACCUACCUGAUCUUCUGGACUAUAUGGCGAAUAAUUAUCCCACGUUAACUGUAAAAAAUGGAGUAUUGGGUAGAAACAGCGACAUAGAAACAACCACAAUGGCUCAAUACAAAGACCAAGUUUGUAAAGCUUAUAGUAACGGUACUAUUAGAUACGGGCCGUUGCACCAAAUAAGUCUGGUGGGCACUGUUCACGAAGAAGUCGGUGGAUAUUUUCCGGAUCUACUGCAAAAAUUAGAAGAGAAUCCAUUUCUAAAAAUGACAAUGCCUUGGGGACCUCUGUCCGUUGUAAAGAUGGAUACGCCGCAAGAAUCAAACGACGGCCCUAUCUUGUGGAUUCGACCGGGCGAACAACUAGUACCAACGGCCGACAUAAACAAAAGCCCGUAUAAACGACGUAGGACGGGCAUUAACGAAUUGAGAAAUUUGCAAUAUCUACCACGGCUUAGUGAGGCUCGAGAAUACAUGUUCGAGGAUCGUACAAAGGCACAUGCCGAUCACGUCGGCCAUGGAUUGGACAGGAUGACUACAGCGGCAGUUGGCGUGCUGAAAGCCGUCCACGGUGGCCAGGCGUCCCAAUAUAAUAGGAUCACAAAGGAUGUCGUGGCCUUUUACGCGGGUGACUUCACUGAACUUGUCGAGAAGCUACAGCUGGACUUGCACGAGCCACCGAUAUCGCAAUGCGUACAGUGGGUGGAAGAUGCAAAGCUGAAUCAAUUGCGUCGACAAGGUGUCCGUUACGCCAAGAUAAAUCUUUAUGACAACGACAUAUAUUUUCUACCACGCAAUAUCAUCCACCAAUUCAGGACGGUUUCGGCCGUCUCGAGUAUUGCUUGGCACAUCAGACUGAAGCAGUAUUAUCCAGAAUCGCAGCAUAGUACGAGCAUCAGACACACUCGCGCAGUAAACGAGUCUGCUCAUCGUAUUAAGGAGAAAAAGCCUCUGGAAGCUGUCGGUAUAGGCGACGAGCAGAAGGAGAAUACGAAUCGGCAACGUUUAGAGCAGAAACUGUCGAUCGAUUCUCUCGAGAAGGCGAAGGAAAGAGCGGCCGAAUAUCAGGGUAAUCUGAAGAAAUCCGAUCAGCACGGGAAACAUCGUAAGAGUCGACAUCACUCCAGGCACUCGUCGCUCAAACGAAAGGAUAAGGAAGAGGGUAGCGACAAUCAGUCAACGGAUCCAUUUGGUAGCACUAAAUCGUCCAAAAGUGAAACCAACGAACAGAAGCAGAGCAACGACAAGAGGGAUGAGAAGAGAUCCGAGAAGAAACAUAAGGAUCGUCGUCGCAGCAGCGAGAAAUCGAGCAGUCAUCACACGCAUAGUAGCAGCGGUAGCAGUUCUGACAACUGUCACUCCUGCAAGAAGAAAAAAUAUGAUAGCAACGGUCACAAGUUGGAUCAUCGUUGUGGUCAUCAUGAGAGAGACAAAAGUAAGAGUGUAUCCAGUAAAGAAAACGCUACCGGUGUAGUAGUAGCGAGAAUGGUUUCCAAGUUUGAUAGUUCGUCUUCCUUAAAAGAGACUAAGAGACGAUUGAGCGGAUCAGAAUUGUCUUUGUCGGGAGACACACCUGGGAUCGGCGACACUUCUCCGAUUGUUCUCGACGACGAAUUAUUGAUGCAGCGGCAAAACGUUGCUAAAACGUACGCCACCGAGGUUGUAGACAGGGCAUUGGAGAUAGCUAUUUACAAAUCGAAGACUGAUGUCGAAGAGGUGUGCCAGUCGCUGCGCACCGAAGUUUCGGAGGCUUCCAAGGAGGUGAUAGAGAAGAUCCGCAAGGAAAGCUUUGAGAUCGCCGAUCAAUGGUGCAAAGAUGACGCCGCAAAACUGAGAUACUGCAACUUGCUCGAGAUAGAAACCAUGUUGGCAUUUACAUCGAAAAUGGAAUGCGCGACAGAAAAUGCUGUUAAGGCGUUGAUCGAAAUGGCGGAAGACGAAGCAAAGGAGAGAGCAAAAAACGAGAAAAUCGGCGAUUUUGCAACCGACGGUAAUCCAGGCAGCGAGAAUUCGACAGCGACGACGACCGGCGUCUCUUCGUAUUCUUCCUCGUCCGUGAUAUCCUCCACGUCUCCGUCUACCGAGAACGAAAGACACAGCAACAGCAGAAACGGCAGCAGUGAUGAGAACUCGCCGAAACCGUCCGAAUCUCACGGCACGGCGCACUCGAAAUCAAAAUGCAGAUGCAGGGACGAGAAGGAUUGCAGAGAGCGAAGGCACAAGAAGAGAAGGGACCACGAGAGACGAGAACGAAAGCACGAUCGACAUCACCAUCGGAGUCCCACUCACCAGUUGAAAUCCGAAUCUAAAGUAUCCGAUGACGCCAACAAGGAUGAUGCUCCGAGCAUUCCUGGACUGUCGCACAGUUACCCCGUCGUUGAAAAAUCUGAGCGGGUUGGCUCGAAAAACGUCGAGAAGAAAUCGGAGGAUAGGAGAAAGAAAUGCCAUUGCAUUGGUCACAGGCAUGGAGAGAAGCGGUCGUCCGGCAGUAACGCCAGCAAGGACGGCCACGCGACGUCGAGUCGCUCCCACUCUUCGAGCUCGAAGCACAAGCGGAAACCCAGCUCAUCCGGCGAGCACAAGGAGGCGAAGAGACCAUGUUUGGAGAAGGACUCGAGCGUGCGAACCUUUGAAUCGAGUGCGCAGGUGAGCAGCGUGGUGAGCACGACAAUGGUGACGACGACGACGACGACGAACACAACAGCAACGACGACAAGUUCGACGCAUCUGUCGCCGACGAACACUGUUGUGUCGACUACGUGAAAAGGUGAUUUUUUGGCGACUGUAGUACAAUCCGUUGUUUAAGGGCGUGAAUCCGCGCGCGGCGGAGCGAAACCGGUGUUUUACUUGAACGCGAAUUCUAAUUGUAUCCUCAUCCCGCGCGAGAGGUGAGGGACGACGGAAUAAAUUAUAGACCACGGGAGAUGUACUUUUACCAAAGUAGAGAUCGCCGUGAUUCAAUCCAAAGACGAGAGAUAGAACCUUCACUUGAUUGAGAGAGAGUUUGCUACCUUCAUCCUUCUUCCCGCGACUACAUAUACAUACAUAUAAAUUGGAACACAGACACACAUACCGCCUUAGUCUCGAACAGAGAAGCUAACAAUACGAGAAGUAGUAUUGUUCUCUAGAAAGUAUAUAUACACAUAUAUAUGUCGCAGGAAUUUCUUGUAAUUUUUUUUUUUUUUUUAGGGAUUUUGCAAAAAAAAUAACGAAUUAAACAAGAAAUCCCUGCGACAUAUAUACACAUAACACCCUCCGAUACCAGGAUCGCAAAAAUUAUUUUGCUACGAAAGAAAUCCGGACGUCUCAUACACUGCUGAGAGAAUUAAAAUUAAUAUUUAUAGUAUAUAGACGACCAAAUGAGCGGCGUAGGAAAAGGGAAUUUGUACAAAUUUGUGAUCGCGAAAAUUGAUCCCAAUUAAUAACGGAGCUGUGUGUACUUGUACAUAGAUUAAAAUAUUAUUUCCUUUUCCGAGAAUCAUAUCUCACCACGCGGAGAGCUUGCUUAAGUUAUUUAUAUGCGUUAUUCUACGCGUAAAUUAUUUAUAACGAUUUUUAUUGGCCACUCUGCGCUAACAUAAAAACAAGUCCAUACUAAGGAAACUUCAUCGCGAUUUCCCAAUUGAUGCGGCCGUACUCUUUUCGCAAUUCUUGAUAGCACGACUAUGAUUUGUGCUAUAAUCGAAUGUUUAUAUCUUAUAUAAUAUGUAGAUCGUCUGCAUGUCACAUAAAAUAUAAAUAUUUAUUUAUAUUUCAUAUAGAUAUGUAGAAUGUCUUGAGGAAUAAGACAUCUUGUACAUAUAUAUAUAUAAAACUUAACAAUUAAGGAACUGAGCAUAGAAUAAGGAAACAUUUUUGCACGCGACUUUUGGUAUACACAUCGCAAAACUGUCGCGAAAGAUUACUGACUUGAUAAUAUCACUUAUUAUCUGUUGAGAGUUUAUCUUACCCAGUAAUAGCUAAGUAGAAGAAUAUCUUAACGCGCUAGUUGGUGGAUAGUACUAGGUAUAUCGCCGAUCCCUACAUCUUUUCACGAGGGACAUAAAAUAAUAUAUUUCAGUUAAUCGGAAAAGUCCUUUUUUCUCUCUUUUUUUUUUCCUCGCUAAGUCAUUUUAAAACCAUACUAACAGACGUACAAACUCAUCGCCUUCGCAGAUGAAAGAAAUGAUUUGACAGUGAAAUAUUGUGACAGACAUCGUAAAUGUUAAUGAUAUUUUCUCUAUCCGAAUACACAACACAGGAACGUUCUAAAAACAAUCGAUUAUCUAAAAAUCUAUCUAUUAACAAUCGAUUUCGACGACACGCCGAUGAAACGAUUGACAAUUUCUGCAUUUAAACGUUACAGAGAAAAAUCAAGUUUUACGAAUUUUGACAGAACUCUGCAUAUAUUUUAUGUGCUUCGCGUUUGCGACAAGUUUCUUUCUUUCCUUCAUAAAUACUCUCCUACAUGUUUCGUUACAACAGUGUACAUACACAAUAAUGAUUAUAUUGUUCGCCGUAUAUUUUAUUAUUUUGUAAGUUCGUCAUAUUUAGCAUGAUAUACGUUAUGAUUCUAAUAUAAGAAAGACAUUAAUAAAAAUGUCGAUGUAUACGUUGUGUUACGCUUUCGUUAUACAUGUAAACCCGUUUCUAGCUAACAUAGCUAUUUCAUUCUCACUUCACUUUAUAUUAGUGCCUUCACGUUACGUUUUUAAUAUAACCGAGAGAAAAAACUUGUAAGUCGAGAAAUAAAAAAGAUUUACUUUGAUCUUCAGUUGUAUCUGCGUUACAUUAAUUUCAACCGCAGAUUUUUGUUGUAAUGUGACUUCUUAAUAGAUAGGUUUGUAGCAGCGUAAGCAACUUUCUUCCUUUUUUUUUUCCUCGCAAAAGAAGCCAAGAACGAAAUGAGUAAAAAGAUAAGAAUGUAUUUAUUGGGUAAUUGAGUACGACGAAAGUGUACACAGAUAACAGGUGCGUACGUCUGUAGUAAUCUGCGAUCGCGGAGAAUACACGCACGCGAUCUACUGUAUAAAAUCGUUCGAGCGUUAACGAUGGAGUGUGUGUAAAAUUGCAUAAAUUCUAGUUCCAUAGAAUCGUAGGUGCCUAAAGUCAGCAAUGAUCCGAUGAGAUCAUCAAAGGUGAACCUAUUCGCCUCCAUUCGCCCACCACAGAGAGAGACUUCUUUUUAGACACUUUUCUAUCCCGGAGACUACUCUUUUCCGAAAGUUCGUUUUCACGCUCGAGACGAACGAGACGAGAAAGCAAAACUCGCGACGAAAAUUCGACAAGCGGAUAAUUACUUAAGAAAAACACCGAACGGGUGCGUCCGUGAAAUAAAAAGGACCAAAUUGAAAACAGAAUGAUCCGUAUCCGUGUCCCUCCCAUAAGGAGAGUGACUGGGAUCACGUGGCAAUACUUUUUUGAAAUUCGAGUCAGGAUGUAGAAUUCUCCUCUUAACGAUUGAGCCCAAACUCCCCCGGACUAUUCACUCGAAGCAGUAACGGUGAAACUAAAUAAUCAUAGGUGCUGGAUACUAAAUACGCCACUUGAUAUUUUAAGGUGCCUUCGCUCUGUUCGCAGUAAACCUAUACCGGUUAUCAUCGAUCAUUUACCCAAUCUAUAAAGAUAAAUUUUGAUUUCCACAUGCGUAUGUGUGCGUGUGUAUGUGUAUGUGCGUAUAUGCGUAUAUGCGUGUGUAUGUACAAGUAGAGCGUGUAAAUUUUUAUCAGCCACGACUAACACGAACGUAUCGACGUGUUGCUUUCGCUCCAAAAACGUUUCAUCGCGCGUGCAAAUUUUUGAGAGGUAGAAAGAGAGAAAUAAAAAGAGGGAGAGUAA